AUGCAGGCCGAGACGACGAGGGGCCAAGGCGGCGGCUGGCUCCUGCUCGUGCUCGCGCUGCCGCUGUGUGUGGUGGUGCUUGAGCGCGUCGUGCUGCCUCUUGUCGUGCGCUGGGUGUGCCGCGGCCGCGCUACGGUGCGCUCCGCGAGCUUGGUGCGUGGCGUGCAGGACCUCGUAUGGGGUGACGUCAUCCGCGUGCCGUCUGCGUACGUGCGAUGCCAGGCGCGCAUGCCGUGUCUUGUGCUGCAUGUGCGUGGCCUGCGCGUCGCGUACCAGCCGCGCGAUGCCACUGCGACUGCGCCGGCCGUCCGCCGCGUCUCGCGCCGCGCGCUCGUCGCGCUGUCGUUCCUCGCGAACCUCGUCGCGAUCGACGCGCAAGAUACCCACGUAGCGCUCCCAGGCGCUACGGCAUUUACAUCGCAUCGCAUCUACGUGCAUGCCUCGGUCCUGCUCCGCUACCUCGCGCCGCAGCCGACGCACGCGGCCGCCUGCGACGGCUUUGACGAUGCGCCGGCCGUCCCGCCGCGCCGCGCUCUCCGCCUCCAUGUGCCCGAGGCACGCGCGCGACUGUGCGUCGACGUGGACGACGCGCGUCUUUUGCAGCAAGACGACACGCUCCUCACGCUGCCGCACCGCACGACGCUCAGCGUCCAAGCGCGGCUGCGGCACACGAUCCAACCUGCCUCGCUCUCGAUCCGCGUCCACAUCGCCGAUGCGCAUCUCACAGCAUGGCCCACGAUCGCGCGAUCUGAGCGCGCCGCUGCGCCGCGUGCGCCGCCUGCCGUGCUGACGUACCUCGCGAGCGCCUCGCUCUCGGUAUCGCGUGCGACAGCGACGCUCCCUGUGCGCGGCGCCGAUCCCGUGUGCACGACGCUCACGCACUUUCACGCCUCGCUGGACCCGAGCCGACCUACGCACGGCGUGCACCAGGCGUGGUUCGGCGCGUGCGGCGUCCAGCGCCGCCGCGACGCCAUCGUCCUGCACGAAGCGCGGCGCGUCUUUGCGCUGCAUCUGCGCGUGGCGUCAUGGCAUGCACAGAUCGGCCCGAUGCACGCUCACAUCGCCCACGUCUCGUGCUGGGCGCGCACGUCGUGCACGCCCUAUGGCGUCCUCACGUCGGAGCCGCGAUGGAGCGAUCCGAACGAGGCGGCGCUCGUGCUGCGCGCGAGUGUGGGGCAUGUGCGUGUGCAGCCGCACUGGGCGUACCUCGCGCGCCUCGUGCCGCUCCUGCGCACGUCGUCGUCAUCGCCGCCGCCGUCGCCGCCGCCGCCACGCGUCGCGGCGCUCGUCCAGCUCGGCGCCCUCGACGUGCACGCCCCCGACGGCCUCCGCAUCCACAUCGCACGCACGCAUCUGAGCGUGCGUGGCGCGUACGUCGAGCGACGCGGCGCAUGCCCGAUGCAGUACACGCUCGAAGCGAGCGCCGGCUGUGGCGUCGUGGACGCGUACGUGCUCAGCGCGCAGGUCCGGCAUGAUCUCCUGCACAUCGCUGCGCCCACCGCCACCUAUACCCUGUGCGUGCCUGUCGGCCUGCACCGCGAGACGUUUGCGCCGCAGCCGCACUGGCCUGAGCGCGACGCCGAUGUGGCGCUCGCCGUGCACCGCAUCGACGUGCACAUGUGGUCCGAGCCGGUCGUGCGCACGACCGAGGCGCUGAUCGGCGCGAUCGCGUCGCACAAGCCGCCACGCGAGCCGAACGAGGCGCCACACGCUGGGCCGCGUCAUGUGCAUGUGCAUGUGGGCGGCACGGCCGUGUACGUUGGCGGCGCGGAUGCGCACUUUGAGCCGCACGUGCGGCGUGGCGUCGGCCUCGUGCUGGGCGCGACGGUCGUCGACUAUGCGCGCGCAGCGCCUGCGCCGCUGGACGCGCGCGUGCAGGACGCGCGGCAGGCGCUUGGUCUGCCGCGCCCGAUCGAGCACGUCGCGCACGCGGCGGGCGGUGCGGCGGUGCGCGUGCUCGUAUCGGACGUGCGCCUGUGCCCGAUCGUGCACAUCGCGGCCGCGCACGACGCGCCUGUCGAGCCGGACGCGCACGAUCAGCAGGGCGUCUACGCCGCGGACGUGUGGGACUUUGCCGCGCCGACCGUGCCGAUGCCGCGCCAGACGCCCCGCCUCCACCAACUUGAGCGCGGCACGGAGGUGGCGUAUGCGCCGCACGUGCAGAUCGACGCCCAGCGCCGCGGCGGGGCGCCGUACGACGCGCACGUUCACGUGACGCGCACGAGCCAGGCUCGGAUCCGCCUGCUGCACACGUACUGCCUGCUGGUGGCGGCGGCGACGGCGCGGCGGCUGGUGCGCGAGCGCCGCGCUCCUCGCAGCCGGACGGCGGAGCGCGUGCACUGGACGCUCGCGGCGCCGCUCGUGCACGUGCACAUCGACCUGCCGCACGAGCGCCGCGUCCUCGUGCGCGUGACGCAGCUGGCCGUGCGGCCCACGGAGCGCGUAUCGCUCGACGCGCUGCGGGCGUGCGUGCCAGGUAACGAUGGCGGCGGCGCGUGGGACGAGGCGGUGAUCGCGCGCCGCCUCCUGCUGACGCACCGCGGGCGCGCGGCGUGGUGGCUGACGGGCGACUGUGUCCACGUGCGUGUGCCGUACGGCUACCACACGCACAAGCUGAUCGAGGCGUCGAUCGUCGCGUUCAAGGCAACGAAGCAGCUGUUCUUCCAGUUCUGGCGCGGAUGCACGCACAGCGUGAUCUACCCGCACGACGAGGCGCCGAAGCGCCUGCCGGCCGUGACGGUGCGCCUCGGCAUGCUCGUGCUCGAGGCCGCGGACCACAGCCUCGAUGCCGCGCUGAACCUGCUUUUCCGCACGGGCAUGGACGAGCAGCUGAUGCGGCUGCAGCGCACGAGUGCCGCGCAGGAUGCGGCGCACUGGAUCCGGCGGUGGCGCCGCGCGCGCGAUGUGCGCGCGCAGCGCGAGCACGAUCUGCGCUCGUACAUCCACAAGCGCGCGUUCCGCGAUGCCGACGAUGUGCGUGCGUGGCCGCUCGAGCCGCCGCUGAUCCGCGUGUCGCUCACGAUGCUCCGCCUGCAGGUGUCGCAGCCGACAAGCUUUGCGCUCGACGACGUGCAUGCGUGGCUGCACGAGCAGGCGGGCAACCCCGUCGACCUGCCGUACACGACGCUCAUCCCGAUGCACGUCCGCCUGCGCGUGUCCGAGGGCAUGGUGCGCCUGCGCGACUACCCCCUGCCGCUCCUGCACGUGCCGCCGCGAGACGACCUCGACGUGUGCUUCGACGCCGAGGGCGACGUCGUCAUCGCCGAGCAGCUCGGCGACGCAUUCUCCGUGCGGCACGUGCGCACGACGAUCGUGCCCGCCGUCGACAGCCGCCACGGCGCCGAGCACGGCCUGCUCGUGCCAAAGAGCGCGAUGACGCCCAAGGUGUACGGCCCGCUCGUCGUGCGCGUGUCGUCGCAGCGCCCGACCGUGCUGACGUGGGGCCACGCGCUCCAGCCGGCGCUCCAGGACGUGCUGCGCGUAUUCGACGCCAUCACGAGCCCACCGCACGACCCGUCGCCCAAGCCCGGGCCGUGGGACAAGCUGCCGUUCCAGCUGCAGGCGAGUGUGCGCCUCCAUUUUGAGCACGAUGUCCACCUCCAUUUGCGCGGCACGCGACAGCCGUACGCGGUGACGGGCGCCGGCGCGGGCUUUGUGCUCGUGUGGCGCGGCGGCGUCGAGCUGCGUCUUGGCCGCGACCUGACGGACCACGAGUUCCUGCAGGUGCGCAGCCGCGAGCACCUGCUCGCGAUCCCCGAUGUACGGCCGCUCCUCGACCCGGCGGGCGUCGGCCUCGCGUCCGCGGCGCGCUCGCCGCACGCCGUGCUGCGCCGCCCGGACGCGCCGCCGCCCCUCGCGCUCGACAAGGUCGCCUGGCACCUCGCGGGCGGCGUGCGCUGGGGCAUGGGCUUCGUCUCGGAGCACACGUGCACGGACGCAACGUGCGAGCGCACGCCGCCGUGCCGCGGCGCGCCGUUCGACCGCGCAUGCCGCGUCUUUGGGCGCAUCCCGCACUGGCGCGUGCGCCUGCGCACGUUCGAGGGCUUUGCGCGCCUGCCGCCCGCCGAGCGCACGGACUCGUACCGCGGGUGGCGCUCCGACUUUGCGCACCUCUCGCUCUCGCUGCAGGCGACAGGCGCCGAGCGCCCGCCCGGCGCGCCGCGCAACGGCCUGUACCUCUCGUGGCGCGCGUGGGACCACUUCCGCGACUGGCUGCACCUCUUCCACGAUCGCCUGCACCUGCCGAUCCGCCACGGCCCCGUCUUCCCCAAGCCGCCGGGCGUCAAGGCGCCCAAGUUUGGCCGCUUCGUCGCGACGAUCAAGUACCGCUUCCACGUCACGGACCUCCAUGUCGCGCACACGUACGCACACCGCGCCGCGUUCGAUCUGCGUCGUCAGCUGCGCACGUUCGUCGGCGUCAAGGCGCACGUCGGCACAUGCGCGCUCGACUUGCACCAGCGCAUGCAGGCGUCGCCCGCGUCGCCCGCGCGCCGCAAGCCGCUGUACGAGGCCGAGGCGGACGUGCGCGACGCCGAGCUCUUCGCCCUGUGCGCGCGCUUCCGCGAGGCGGGCGCGCCGCGCGACGUGCACCUCGACGCCGACGACGCGCUCCGCGACGUGUGGGCCGACGCCGACGACGACGCCGCUCACAUGUACGACCCCCUCGACUACCGCGACGCCGCGACGCCCGCCGCGGCCGACGACGCGCCGCGCCGGCACAUCCGCCGCGUGCUCACGCUCGCGCGCUUCCACGUCCACCGCCUCCUUCGCCCGACGCGCGGCGCGUACUCCAAGUUUGGCCACGAGCCGACGCACACAUGCCUCAUCGGGCACGCCGCGCCGCCGCGCCUCGGCGCCGAGGGCGACGCGUACCCGCACCAGGUGCGCAUCGACCGCCCCACCGGCGUGCUGACGCACGCGACGCGCGCCAUCCUGCUCGCGUACUACGAAAGCACGCUCCUGCACCGCAGCUUGGCGCAGCGCCUUAGCGUGUCCGCGCAGCGCCAGCUGCGUGCGCUCCUCGAGCGCGCGCGGCAGCACGACGCACGCAGCAGCGCGUCGACGAGCGGCGCCGCGGACGUGUCGCUCGACGACGUGCUCGCCGACACGCUGCGCCUCGCGUCGCAGAGCCUGCCCGCGGCGUUCGUGCACGACUUUGGCGCCGAGCACAGCGCGACGCACGCGCCGAGCGACGCCAUCUCCGACGCCUUCCACCUGCGCACCAAGAUGCUGUGCGUGUGCGCGCAGCCGGCGCUCGUCGUCCGCACGCACGCGCACUCGGCGAUCAUCGUGCACGCCGACGAGCUGCGUGUGCGCACGCACGUCGUGAGCGACCCGCUGUUCGACGAGCGCUCGAUCCACUGCCACGUCCUGCACCGCCACUUUGUGUCGCUCGCAUCGCUCCAGCUCUUCCACACGGCGCGCGACGCGCCGCUCGACCGCGCGGGCCGUCUCCCGCCCGAGGCGCUCAGCGGCGGCGCAGGCUACGCGCGCCUCGUCGACCGCACGCACGCGUACGUGCUGUACGACAAGCACAACCGCCUGCGCCUGCCUGACCGCACGCGCUCCGUCGUCGCACACGCGCGGCGCGACGACCCCGCCGUGCAGUACCUGCACCACCGCACGGACCUCGUGCAGUGCAUGAGCCCGCCGCUCACGCUCACGGCGACGGGCGCACAGUUCGCCGCGCUCUCGCACGUCUACCACCUGCUCACGCCCUCCGACGCCCAGCACCAGCAGCGCGAGCGGCGCCGCGACGCGCUCCUGUACAGCCGCGCAUGGGACGACGCGCCGUACGUCGUGCGCCUCUUUGCGACGUACCAGCGGCACAUCCACGACACGCUGCACCGCCUCGCCGCCUACGAGGCCGAGCGCCUCACCGACGCAGGCCGCGCCGAGUACGUCCGCCUCGCCCUCGCGCUCCUCGACCUGCACGCCGACAUGGGCGCCCUCGAAGAGGCCGUCUACCUCUCGCACGCAUCCGCCCGCGACCGCUCGCAGCACCUCGCGCUCCUCGUCCGCGCACGCGCCGACGCCAUCGAGUGGCACCUCGUCGACGCACAGGACCGCCUGCACGUGCGCCUCACGCUCCGCGGCACAUCGUUCGCGCGCCUCGCGCUCGUCAGCGGCACGUCGAUGCACUGCCUCGCGAUCCACGACCUGCACGCACGCAACGUGCAUCCGAGCGCGUACUUCCCCGACAUGCUCACGCCGCACACGCCGCCGGCCGGGCACCCGAUGAUCGGGCAGCGCUUCCUCCUCGCACACUGGCUCCUCCUGCCGCCGAGCGGCGGCAUCGCGAUCAUGGACCGCUGCGAGCUGCAUCUGCAUCCCGUGCGCGUGCAGCUCGAGCUGCGCGUCGGACGCCUGCUCACCGAGUACCUGCUCGGCGCGCGGCGCUCUCCGCCGCGCGACGAGGCACGCCGCCCGUGGCUCCGGCACCUCGUGGCCAUGUCGCGCAAGGCGCGCUCGUCGCACGACAGCGAGUCGGACGGCCUGAGCGAGAGCGCGUCGGACGACAGCGACAACGACAGCGACAACGACGACGACGCGGCAGCGACGCCUCUCCGACUCGCGCCGAGCGCCGACGACGCCGCGCACAUCGAUGCAUUGCGCGCCGCGAUGCUGCACCGCGCACGCACGUACAUGUCGUUCGUGCACGUCGUCUUUGCCGCCGUCGACAUCUGCCUGUCGUACAAGGGCGACGGCGAGUACGCACUCACGAACCUGUACGACCUCCCGCUGCAGCUGCCGCGCCUCGCGUACCACCACGUCCUGGGCACGCACCACGACCUCUUGGACCUCGUGCGCCGCGACCUGAUCCGCAUCGCAUGGCACCACCGCCACACGCUCCUCAAGGGCGUCAUGUCGACGAACGCACGCAAGCACGCCGCGCUCAAGAGCCGGCAGGCCGACCGCCUCUCGGCCGCCGGCGCCGACGACACCGACGAAGCGGGCGCCGAGCGUGCGCGCCCCGCGCCGUCGUCGCACGACGAGCCUGUGCGCCCGCGCCGCUGGUUCUCUCGGUCAUAG